GCUAAGAAACAUCGAAUUCUUCUCCUACAAUACGAGCUGUACAGAAAGAACGUCGAAGCAGAGAGUUUCUCGGUUCCUGUCCCCUACGCGAAAACCCGGGUUCGAAAAUGAUCAGUCUCUGCUUCUUUAGACCAUACAAGUACUCGUGUUAUUGCUUCUCUUCUUUCUUGGUCUUCUAGUCUUCACACAUGCAUUCAUUAUUACCUUGUCGCGGACUUCUGAAACUUACCACACUUUCCAGCAUUCGUUUCCGCACCUAAAAACCUCGCCGGUCCCCUCGACCCAUUUUUUCACCCGCUCGAGCCGUUCAUUCUAUGCAUAAACAUUACCCUCUGGCCGAUUCCCCUUUGCAUAUCUAUAGGUCGAAAUCUCGCAAUCAAACGGUCAAAGGCCAGCGUCUCCACGCGUUGCCCUUCUCGUAUUCGCCAAACACCGCCUGAGAUCUCUCGGCCACGGAUAUAUCCCUCCUCCUUCGUCGGUCGCACACAAUCUCCUCAACCGAUAUUCUUCAAUGGCACUAUAGCCUCACCAGCCUGCCCUCAAGCCUAAUCACUGUCACGCCCUUGGCCGUUACAAACGAACGCGACCUCCGAAUCUUAACCUCUUCUUCGAGACAACAAUCAACUUGGUCACUCUCGCUCUGGAGAGACCGCUGCGUCACGCUCGGGGAGUGCAACAAACGAGGCUCAUCGAAUGGCGCAUACGAUUCGUUGAGAAUGUCUCUAUAAUUCCCCUGACACGAGGCCAACCUCUACUCGAAUCUCCACUCUCUACACAACCACAAAUAGUACAUUAAUACUCCAAAUAUUCAACAUACACAAAAUGUGCAAGGCACACGUUCUGCGGUUCUGCUGUGGGCAUGGCAUCCUCAUGGGCUUGGAGGUGUGCAAUGUCGGACCAUGUCCGAUACUGAAGACAACCGGGCUCAAGCUGCCACAGCAGCCGUACAAAUGCUACAACUGCCAGAACCGAAUGUCCACCACGUCAGUUCAACCGACCUCUCCACGGGAUGGUUGUUCGUCUUCUAUUGCAAGUCUAGACUCCAACUCGUCAGGACCUUCUCCACCAAGUUCACCUCUAUCGAGAACCAGCACAAAAGUCAUGGCUCCUCUACCCGGCGUCGCUCGCCAGCCUGCCGAGUGCGCUGCCUUUGGCCGAAGGUUCACUCGAACAGACUCUUUCUCAUGCAAGAGCUUCUCCUUCUCUUGCGCAUCAUCUGGUCACUACCCGGCGCCUCACUACAUGGGUCUCCCUACCCAUCUGCCCCAUCAGAAUCAUCCCUGUCCGCCCUGCCAACUCGAGGAUUUGCGGAUGAAGUCGGACAGGGAGGCCAUCCUACGAGCCAGGGCGGAACAUCCGCACCUUACCAGUGAGAAGUUGGUUCGGAAUAACGGGAGGCAAUGGGAAGAGUGGCAGCCCAAGCCAACACUCGAGGCUUACAUUGAUGAGAAACGAUCAGAUGAACGGCAGAUGUGGUUAUUUGUCACGAGAAAAUGGACCCAGGACCUGAAAAAGUCACGAGUAUUGGUUGCCGAGGAAGACGGGCUGGGUUUGCUCGGAUAGGAGCUCUAGUUCGUUGACUCGACAACGUUCAUGAGAUAUGAGGCGUUCAUCCUAGAAAAACGGGAGGCUGUUGUCUUUAGCUGCGAUAUCCCUGGGGCUGGCGUUGGUGGCAAUUUUUAGUGCCCUUGCUGUAGUAUUGCGGCGGCAGUCUCGCGCUACAUUAAUACCUACCUAAAUCUUUGUGGUAAGCGUGCGACAAUUCGCUCUGGGGGGUUUUCUUCUUCC